AUGGAGGCAAAUGCCACCUCACUCCAUCAUGACCAAAAGCAAACAGCAGCAGCCCUCCAGCAUGACCUGGAGGAAACAGGUUCACAGGUCCAGUGUGAAAAAGGAGCACAGACCACCCUGUCUGACUGUGACCUGGAGAAAAAGCCAGCACAGUUGCAUUCGCGCCUCUCCAUUGAGAACUUUGAGUUCCUCAGAGUUCUAGGAAGAGGAUCCUUUGGAAAGGUCAUGCUGGCAGAGAUGAGGGGAAGUGGGGAGCACUUUGCCAUCAAAGUGCUGAAGAAGGACAACAUUCUAGCGAAUGGCUAUGUUGAAUAUACCAAGGUGGAGCGGAGGGUGCUGGCCCUUUCUGUAGAGAACCCCUUCCUCACACACCUCUACACCUCAUUCCAAACAAAGGAGUUUCUCUUCUUUGUCAUGGAGUAUGUGAAUGGAGGGGACCUGUUUUUCCACAUAGAGGAAAAGGGACGUUUUGACCUGGUCAGCACACAGUUCUAUGCUGCAGAGAUGACCUGUGGGCUCCAAUUCCUCCACAGAAAUGGAGUCAUAUACAGAGAUCUGAAGUUGGACAACGUAAUGUUAGACAGAGAGGGCCACAUAAAAAUUGCAGACUUUGGGUUGUGCAAGGAUAACAUGCUAGGAGAUAAACGUGCAUUUAGCUUCUGUGGCUCGGAGCACUACAUUGCCCCAGAGAUCUUCCAGGGAAAGGACUACUCUUUUCCUGUGGACUGGUGGUCAUUUGGGGUCCUGGUGUUUGAGCUGUUGACCGGCGAGUCCCCCUUUCAUGGGGCUGAUGAUGAUGAGCUUGCCAUGUCUGUUUGUAUGGACACGCCCCAGUACCCCAGCUGGAUUAACGAGGAGUCAAAGGACUUCCUGGAGAAGCUGUUGGAGAGGGACCCCACCCGCAGACUGGGAGCAGUUGGACACAUCCGCGCACACCCCUUCUUUGAGAACAUCGACUGGUUGGCCCUUGAAAGGAGGGAGGUGGAGCCCCCCUUCAAGCCCAUAAUGGAGAAGCCCCAUGACUGCAGAUAUUUUUUCCAGGAGUACCUGAGUGAGACGGCCCAAUUAUCUCAAUGCGACGGGCGCUCCAUUAAAUCCACGGACCAGCUGGCUUUUUCAGACUUUUCAUUCAUCAACCCAAAAUUGGAAUUAAUAACAAAACUUUCUAUAAUUAAUAUUAAAAUCUAUCCAAACGUCUGCCUCGUGACCUACCUCACAGACAGCUUCUUCCAGAUUGUUCACUUACUGAAGUACUUUCAGUACGUGACGUGA